AUGUCCACAAACACAGAGGAAUCUGACAUCAGUAUGAGUGAAGGUACGUAGCCAAUAUGAAUGCAUUAAAAGGAAUUUACAUGUCAGAAAACAAUACUAAUAUUGAAUAUACAUGUUUGAUACAUACUUGUAGGUCCAAUUCCAAGAGAAAAUCCAAUGUCCACAAACACAGAGGAAUCUGACAUCAGUAUGAGUGAAGGUACGUAGCCAAUAUGAAUGCAUUAAAAGGAAUUUACAUGUCAGAAAACAAUACUAAUAUUGAAUAUACAUGUUUGAUACAUACUUGUAGGUCCAAUUCCAAGAGAAAAUCCAAUGUCCACAAACACAGAGGAAUCUGACAUCAGUAUGAGUGAAGGUACGUAGCCAAUAUGAAUGCAUUAAAAGGAAUUUACAUGUCAGAAAACAAUACUAAUAUUGAAUAUACAUGUUUGAUACAUACUUGUAGGUCCAAUUCCAAGAGAAAAUCCAAUGUCCACAAACACAGAGGAAUCUGACAUCAGUAUGAGUGAAGGUACGUAGCCAAUAUGAAUGCAUUAAAAGGAAUUUACAUGUCAGAAAACAAUACUAAUAUUGAAUAUACAUGUUUGAUACAUACUUGUAGGUCCAAUUCCAAGAGAAAAUCCAAUGUCCACAAACACAGAGGAAUCUGACAUCAGUAUGAGUGAAGGUACGUAGCCAAUAUGAAUGCAUUAAAAGGAAUUUAAUGAUAUCAAUAAUUAAUAUCUAUUAUAUAAUGAUUUCUCAUUAUUGAAAUUAAAGGUGUCAAUCAUUUUAACACUAAUAUUGCAUACUUGUAGGUCUGGUAGAAUCGAGAGAAAAUUUGGAUUCAGCAAGCAACAUCGCAUCCACAUCCACCAGGACUGAAGGUAAUGUCAAAUUGUCAGUUGUGCUAGUUGUACAACAUACAAUAUUAAUAUUGUAUUUAUAUGUCAGCAUCAUAUUUCUGAAAUAGAAGUGCCUCUCCUUUUAGAACAAUUCUCGCAAAAAUCCAUUCACUGUCAGACCAGUUCUUGUUUAUCAAACAAAACUCCUCGAAAAAGAAAACUACGCCGGAUCAUCAACAAAAAGGAUCAGCACAUUCAUCGUCUAAAGAAGAGAAUAAACCCCAAGAAACACAAUAAUAAAUCAACAAAAGAGGCGCUUAAAAUUUUAGAGCCAAUUCUACCUUCUCCAAUACUAAAAUUCAUAGAAUCCCAGAUUGACCUCCACUCCAAAAAGUCAUCAAAGGGUCACAGAUACAGCACUGAUAUGAAAGCAUUUGCAAUCACCCUCUAUCACCUGAGCGAGAAGGCAUACAAGAUGGUCUCGAAGCUAUUCUGCCUGCCAUCAAAGUCAGCAUUGCUAAAAUGGGUAUCGAAAUUGCCAAACAGCCCUGGUUUGUCCAAGUCUGCCCUUGAUGUCCUUGCCACAAAAGUAAAUACAAUGAACGCCACAGGACGGCUAUGCCUCAUCUCAUUUGACGAAAUAUCGUUGAAGUCAAACAUCUUUUACCAAUCAAACACAGAUGAACUUGUAGGCCUUGAGGACUUUGGUGACGGAAUCAAAACCAACUGUGUUGCAUCCUCGGCAAUUGUCUUCAUGGCACGAGGUGUAGUUGACAAUUGGAAACAGCCUUUGGCCUAUUACCUGGACUCAUUAGAGUCCUGUAGCAGUAUAAAGGUGAGAGAAAAGUUGGAAGAACUGAUCGAUAAAGUUGAAAGCAUCGGACUAAACGUUGUUGGACUGGUAUCAGAUAUUGGAUCCAAUUUUCAAAAGUUGGUCAAAGAGAUGGGAAUUACCCCAGAGAAGCCGUGGUUUAUCCAUAAGGGAAAAAAGUUAUAUUACAUAUUUGACCCACCACAUAUUAUCAAAGCUGUACGAAACAAUCUAAUGAAAUAUGAUUACCACUUUGAGAAUAAAGUUGCAUCCUGGAGAGACAUUACAGCCAUUUACGAAAUUGACAGCAAGAACUCAAUCCGAUGCUGUCCAAAGUUGACAAACACUCAUAUUUCCCCAAAUGGAUUUCAGCGAAUGAAAGUAAAACUUGCAACAGAAGUGAUGAGCCACACAGUUUCUGCAGCUAUGUUGAUGGCUGUGAGCGGUGGUCUUCUUCCCCCUUCGGCUGCAGGGACAGCAGAACUAGUCGCAAAUUUUGACAAAAUAUUUGAUUCACUCAACAGCACAUCAUUUAAAAGUCACAAACCACACAACCGUCCAGUAACUGCAGAAUCCGACCAUUGCCAAUUCAUGAAUGAAAUGCGAACCUUCGUGAAAGGGAUAACGGUGAUAAACACGACAACUGGCAAAGAUGUGACCUCACAAUUGAAGUGCUUGAAAGCUUUGGAGAUGACCCUCAAUGCAACAAUCCUGUUAUGGAAUUCCCUGAAAUCAUCAAUCAAAUUCCUGUGUACUCGUCGUCUUAAUCAAGACCCACUGGAAAAUUUUUUCGGAUGCAUCAGGCAACAAGGCGGAAACUGUGACACACCGACACCUGUGCAGUUUACACGAGCAUUCAGAAAGCUUUUUUUCGACAACUUCCUCUCUCCAUCAAAUGGAAAUUGCACUGCAGACAUCGAUAAGAUGCUUGCUGGCCAUACAGCAUUGGAUUUGGGAAACAAAACCCAACUUUCGGGUUUGCAGCAAAGUAAACCACAAGGAUUAAACAUUGGGGAAUCAGAUUACCAGCUAGAAUCUGUCGAAGACUUGAUGUCAUCCAAUGCAAUCACUUAUGUGGCUGGAUACCUAUUGAAGAAGUGUUUCCAGCAACAUAAAUGCAAUGUUUGUUGGACAGCCCUCACCAACAAUGAACUUGAUAGUUCCGACCAACUGUUCUGCCACUUCAAAGCCUACAAUGAGAAUAAAGGUCCAUUUGGCUCUCUUGUUGUUCCAACAACUUCAUUUGUGCAAUACAUCACUAACAUUGAACAAGAAUUUAUUGGCGAGUUUUCAAAUUCAAUGACAACGAGUGGUGUCGGGAAACAUAUUGUUGAUGUUCUACCUGAAUUCACUGGAUCCAACUGUGCAGAAUUUCCUGGGAACUACUUAGUCCGAUUAUUUGUUAGAAUGCGUAUUUACUACGUAGUUAAAUUUAAAAACAGAGAACUGGCCCAAAAAAAGGGGGACAAAAAGAACAGGAAGUACUUUAAGAUUGCACAUCUUUAAUUUAAGACAGUCUUGAAAAUGUAUUGUUAACCAUAUUUGUUUCACAGUUAAGAUAUGACUUAUUUGUUAAAGUUUAUAAGAUUAAAGAGAAUAACUGAGCGACUACUGACUACUAUUAAAGAUUUAUGUUUAAUUUCCAUACCUUUUAUAUUAUUAAAUAUGGCCGUCCCCAUCCAUUUUAAAAAUACUUCAGGUUUACACUAAUCCAUUCAUGAAUGAUCACAGAGAAUGAGGGUUCCAAAAUCUCUCCAAAUAUCAACCAUAAAUAUGAUUUGUAAUGCUUUGUCAUUUCCCGCUCAAAAUAUAAACAUUGCACGCAUAAUUUGUACG